UGCUCCUCGGUCAGUGGGCAGUCCCCAACCUGGAUGGAGUGAAAGAUGCGGCCCGAUGACAUCAACCCGAGGACUGGGCUGGUUGUGGCCCUGGUCAGUGUCUUCCUGGUCUUUGGUUUCAUGUUCACCGUCUCUGGGAUGAAAGGCGAGACUCUGGGAAACAUCCCCCUCCUGGCCAUAGGGCCCGCCAUCUGCCUGCCAGGCAUUGCGGCCAUUGCCCUGGCCAGGAAAACUGAGGGCUGCACCAAGUGGCCGGAGAAUGAGCUGCUGUGGGUCCGAAAGCUGCCUUGCUUCCGGAAACCCAAGGACAAGGAGGUGGUGGAACUGCUGAGGACCCCUUCAGACCUGGAGUCAGGCAAGGGGAGUUCAGAUGAGCUGGCUAAGAAGGCGGGCCUCAGGGGGAAGCCUUCCCUCCAAGGGAAGGGUGAGUUGCCUAUGGCCAGCUCCAUCACCACCCCCACACCCAUGGAGGAAGGAGAAUGCCAGAGCCCUGGCCAGAGCGGGCGUCGGGAGGAGACGUCCAGAUACUUGGAUGGCUACUGUCCCUCGGGCAGCUCCCUCACCUAUAGUGCCUUGGAUGCCAAGUGCUCAGCCUGGGACGGGUCUGAGCACCCUGAGCCCGAGGAUAGCAUCUUCUUCGUGCCCCAGGACAGUAUCAUUGUUUGCUCCUACAAGCAGAACAGCCCCUAUGACAGAUACUGUUGUUACAUCAAUCAGAGCCAAGGCAGGUGGGACCACGAGACGAUAGUCUAAGUUUUGCAUACAAGGGUCGCUGUGUUGAUAGAAACGUGACUACACUCAGCUCCCAACAGAAGGAAACUGCCCUGCUCCAACAGCCUUCACAUAGUUAGAAACUGACCUGGUACGUGAUGGGCGUGCAAGCCUCCGGUGUGUCAGAGUCAUGUAAAUAGGCAUGUUUGGGACACGUUUCAGGAAAGGAUGAUGAGGGUUAAGGACACUGGAAGAGGCAGUGGGUAGGAAAGGAAGCAGUUUCAGUUGCUUUUAAGCAAUUUAAGCCAUGUUGGAUGCUUUGUAAAAUAUGGCAGAAAGUGUAACCUAGCACCUGCUGAAAGCAAGAUAAAUCUAGAGUGGGUUGCAGAUAAGAGACGUGAAACGGUAUAUGGGCUACUCAGAGGGAAAUUGAGCUGCUUUCGGUCUAAAGACGUGGAAUGAAAAAACAAUUCAAUACUUCAGUCUAUGAAAUGAUUUUUUGUCCAGUGAAAGCUUUUCACGCUUAGUAUUUGCUGAAAGAAAAAAAAAAAGUAAGAUAGAAUAGCUACAUCCCUCCUAAGGUGUGAUGGUUACUGGAGAACGGGGAGUUAAAGACAGUUGAAUCAUGCAAUUGACUUUUAUGGUUAUUACCUUCAGACAAGAUCAGGGAUUUUUAUUAAAGUAAAAUAAGUGUGACCAGUUGUGUGAAAAACUAACAUUUUUAGAUGGCUAUGUUACUUCUGAAACUUUCAUUUAUAUUGAUUUACUGGGUCUUUAUCUGAAGUGUUUUUUAGCAUUUACUGUCAAUCACAUACAAUUUCCUCAUCAGGUGCAAUAUGGCUUGAUAUCAUAUUUUCAUAGGUUAGAAUUUGUUUUCGUCAAGUCAAAAUGGACUUUACAUAUGUAUACAAGUGUCUUUAACAUUUCUGGAAGAUGUAAUUAUGACUCUUAAAUGCCUUUUAAAUUGUGAAGAUUGUGACGUCAAUACCAUUAGUCUUGAACUUUAUGCAGAAAUUAUGUGAAAUGUGAUGGUUAAAUUUCUGGAAAUGUCUCUAUUUGUACAUUUGUUCAACACUCCCAAAGACUGUCAAUGCCAGUGAAACAAGUUAAUCCACUAGAUUUAACUAAAGCCCAAUUUUCAUUGAGUUCUCCUGAUCAGUGAACAUUACAUGACAAAGGUCUGUUUCAUUUAAUUUUUUGCUGCUGAGGAAAAAAAAAUCACAGUGGGAUCCUUAAAAUGUAUUCUCUUUUUCAUUUGUUCAACUGGCAAUCAACCAAAAUACCAUUUAAUCCCUGUUGAAGAAAAAAUUAAAUUAUAUGUAGAAAUGGUGGUAUAUUUCAUUUUGAAGAUCAGGAGAACUUUGCAUCCUUCAGAGAAUGAUUUGCUUUUAAUGACUGUAUAGUUUCAGUCACUUUCUCCCAAAAGGGGAACUGAGGACAAAAAUUUGGGGCGUACCUCUUUUGUGUAUUUCAAGUCCAACUCUGCAAUUCUGUAAGUGUAGCAAUUAUUUUGUCUUGAGAAUUGCUCCCCUAAAAUCACAAUUUUCUAACCAAAUUCAACAUCAGAAAUAUUUAUUUUAUUUUAGUAUUACUUAAAUGUUGGAAAAUGAAAUCUGUGAUCCUGAGCACAUUUGACCACCUCAGUCCCUGAAAUGAGGGAAGUGGGACUGACUUACACUAGAUGAGUUCUAUCAUUCAUUCCCAGUUUGGAUAUUCUGUGGCAUUAUGUCAAAAGCACUUUAUAUUUUGCCAGGAAAUGAUUUACAGCAAAAUGCAUGCCAGAGUUAUGCAAUUCAUAAUAACAAUUAUGCUACAUGGAUUUAGUUCUUGUUGCUAUUCAAAAGAAUUUUGUAGAUGUAUAAAAGCAGAUUUGUUUUGCUACUAAAUAUUAUUUAUUCAAAAAAUACACUUCUGGGGAUGAAAUGAAGAUGAUAGGGUAAAAUAUUUUUAAGGAGAAAAUUUUCAAUAUUGGUAUAACCCCAAAUAAUCAAAUACAUAUCUUUGCACUAAAUGUAAUUUACUUUGGAUUUGGAAUGGAGGAAAAAUCAUUCCUAAAAUUGCAAUGCCUCUUGAUAAGUCUAAAGCAUUUUGAAAGAUGAAAAUCAUGUUUCUAGGAAGGUAAAAAUUAUUGGAUAACUCUUAGGAAUAAAAAGUUGCUCUAAUUUGUUUGUCUUUGUGGACAUCUUUGGAGGUGAGGAGAGAGCAAGACAUCAGAGAGAGGUGUUCACACAGACUCAGCAAAUCCUACACAAGGUCUGAAAAGAGAUGGUUGUAAGGUCAGGUUUGGGAUUUGGAAAAGUUACUUUCUGAUUUCUUCAACUCAAACUCCUUCAUAUCACACACACACACACACACACACACACACACACACACACACUCCAAUUUCCAUAUCCAAAGUCGGCUACUAGUCUAGAGAGAUAAGGUAUUUUAUUACAUUUUCAAGUCCUAUUUCAGAAGAAACUUACUUUUAAGUUUCUUCUUCCAUCUGCCUACUUAAGAUCCUUAAAUUAUCUAAGAAGGCAUUUGAGGGCAUUUUCUGCAGUGCUAAAAUAAUGGUGUGCAAGUGUUGAGCUGGGAGGCUUAACUUUGACCAGAAAGAAUAAAAUGUGUAAUUGUGUGUGUGAAUUUUGCUUAACAGUUUAUGUUAAUCCACCCCUGCCCAACAUGAAGCAAGGUAGCCUAGUGCCCCGUGUCAACACUUGUUAAGUGCUAUAUUCAGGGUAAAACUGUCAUUCUUCUGAACAGAGUGGACAAGAAGAGAAAAGGGUCUGAGCCCUUCACAGGAACACAGAGCAGUUCAUUCCCGUCAC